AUGACCCUCAAGUCGGGGCGCAGCGCCAGCGCCGGCAGCAUGCGGACGGCGCUCUCCGACCUCUACCUGGAGCACCUAUUGCAGAACCGGCCCAAGCCCGAGGCCAUCACUCAGUCCCAGAAUGCCCUGACUGAGGACAUUUACACCAACGGCUCCGCGACUCCGGGCAGCCCCUCCCACGGCAGUGGCCGCGAGGUGCGGAAGAUUCGCCUCAUCCAGUUUGAGAAGGUCACAGAGGAGCCCAUGGGAAUCACGCUGAAGCUCAACGACAAGCAGAGCUGCAUGGUAGCCAGGAUCUUCCACGGGGGCAUGAUUCACAGGCAAGGCUCCCUUCAUGUGGGUGAUGAAAUCAUAGAAAUCAAUGGGCAGAGUGUGAGCAACCACUCAGUUGACCAGCUGCAGAAGAUGCUGAAAGAAACCAAGGGGAUGGUCUCAAUAAAAGUCAUUCCCAACCAGCAAAGUCGCCUCCCUGCUCUCCAGAUGUUCAUGAGAGCACAGUUUGACUACGACCCCAAAAAGGACAACCUGAUCCCCUGCAAGGAAGCAGGGCUGAAGUUCCAGAUCGGUGACGUGAUUCAGAUCAUAAACAAGGACGACAGCAACUGGUGGCAGGGCCGGGUGGAGGGCUCCUGCACCGAGUCAGCAGGGCUCAUCCCUUCUCCAGAGCUGCAGGAGUGGCGUGUGGCGAGCGUCACCCAGCCCACUCAGAGCGAAUCUCCCAGCUGUAGCCCCUUUGGGAAGAAGAAGAAGUGCAAAGAUAAAUACCUGGCCAAGCACAGCUCGAUUUUUGACCAGCUGGAUGUGGUUUCAUAUGAAGAGGUAGUGAGGCUGCCUGCUUUCAAGAGGAAGACUCUGGUGCUCAUUGGGGCCAGUGGCGUCGGUCGGAGCCACAUCAAGAAUGCUCUGCUCAGCAGCAACCCAGAGAAGUUCAUGUACCCCCCUCCGUACACCACACGCCCCCAGAAGAAGAACGAGGUGGAUGGGAAGGAUUACUACUUUGUGUCCACUGAGGAGAUGACUCGGGACAUCCUGGCCAACGAGUUCCUGGAGUUUGGAAGCUACCAGGGAAACAUGUUUGGAACCAAGUUUGAAACAGUUCACAAGAUCCACCAGCAGGACAAAGUUGCUAUUUUGGACAUUGAGCCCCAGACCCUGAAGAUCAUCCGCACAGCUGAGCUCUCCCCCUUCAUAGUCUUCAUUGCCCCAACAGACAAAGCUGAGCAGUCAGAGGCUCUGCAGCAGCUCCAGAAGGAUUCGGAGAGCAUCCGGAGCCGAUACGCACACUACUUUGACCUCUCACUGGUCAACAAUGGGGUAGAGGAAAGCCUCCAGCUGCUGCAGGAAGCCUUUGAGCAAGCCUGCAGCUCUCCACAGUGGGUGCCCAUCUCCUGGGUCUACUGAGAGGGCAUCCGACCCCAACCGCUUCCCAUCAACCAUCCUGCAGCCAUGGGGAGAAACCUUCUCUUUAGCUUCCCCUGACCCACACACAGCCCAGCACAACUCCCUUCCUCUGCUGCUCAUGGACAUGGUCUUGGUUGACACA